CAUUCAUCCAAUUCAUUAGUCUUAAAAAAAGGAUACAUAUCAUCUCAACGUCCUGCUAUAUUUAAGCUCUUAAAAAUUUUUGUGAGAUUGCUUCUGCCCUUUUUGCGGAACAUUAUUUUAGUAUAUAAUUUAUAUGGAACUUACUCUACAUAACCAAGGCAUCAAUUUAAAAUGUAAUAAUUACUUCUUAUGAAUAGCAACUUUUACUAAGACUUUACUUCAAAACGAGUUAAAGAAAGAAGCAUAGGUGAAGCAUACUUUAGAGUACAAUAAUGGAGAUAUUUAUUCAGAAAUGGAAUUUAAGAAAAUGGAAUUUUAAAAAAGGUUACUUUAAAAGAGGCAGCUGAUUUAGUGUAAGUACCAAAAAAGACUUUAGAAGAUUACAUACAAAUUUUUAAUAAAGCUAAGUUACUUAUCAAUAUUGAAGAGAUUUCUGAAAGAAAGAUGGGAUAUUUAAGAUCAUAUAUGAAAAAAAACAAAUCAAAAAUUAGAAAAGCUAUGAUUAUUGAAAAACAAAAAAUAUUAUAAGAAAAACUCUAAAAGUAGAAUUAAGAAGAAGUUUAUGAAAAUAUUUAACAAAAUAAAAAUGAGGAUGAAUUAACAUUUACUUACCCAAAUAUCUAAAAUAAUCUACCUGAUAAUGGUGAUUAAGUAAAAUAAGGCUACUAUUAAGAUGAUGAUUGGGAAUACAGUAAUUAAUUUUUCAAUAAAAUAUGUCUAAAUCACAACUUUGAUUGA